AUGGAUAAAAGUACAAGAAAUAAAAAAUAAAAUAUUUAGGAUAAUCCUAAUAAAUAACAUGAAAAUCAGUAAAAUGAUUCCUCGAUAUAGAAUAAAAAAUAAGCUCGAAUGGAUAUUUUGAGGUAAAGUAUGAUCAGACUUCUUUCUGGUAAAAAUAUUACAAGCUUAAGUGAACUCAAUGGAGAGGAAUUAAAACUUUAUGAAGAAAAAUUUAAUUUUAUUAAGGGAAAUAAGGGGAAAUAAUAAUAGUAACCUCAAGAGUAACCUCAAAAGUAACCUCAAUAGCAACCUUAAUAGCAACCUCAAUAGCAACCUUAAUAGCAACCUCAAUAGCAACCUCAAUAGCAACCUUAAUAGCAACCUUAAUAAUAAGAAAAAUCAUGCUUGGAAGUUUUAGCAUCUAUAAUAAGAGAUAAUGCUUUGAAAUUUUCAAACCAAAAUGAAGAAACAACAAAACUUCUUAGUGAAUUCAACAGUAAGAAUAUCAAAGAACAACCAUCCAAAUUUGAAGUGAAACUUGAUUUAUAAGAUUCUAAAGCUAAGGAAUAAAAAGAUGAAUUAUAAACUCUUUUAUGUCGUUUUUUGGAAAGAGAAGAAAAUAUGUUAGAAUAUAAUAAAGAUAUUUAGAAACAAGAAGAUGAAUUGUUAUCUCAUUUUAAAUCUUAAUUUGAAAUAUAGAGAGAAAUGAUGUUUAAUUUUCUGUCAAAUUAUAUUGUCCAAUCAGUAGAAUCUUUUGUUGAAAAAAAUUGGAAAGAUUUUUAACAAAAUAUGUAAAAAUUCUAGCUUGUUUUUACCUUUUUCGAUGGUAUUUUUUACAUCAUUCCAGAAAUUAUUCUUAAAUACGAAAAAGAUCAUAAAAAAAUAUAAUAUUAUAUAAAUUUUACAGUGGAUUCAAAUAAAGAAGAAUUAUAAAAACCAAAGGAAAUGGCUAAAUUUCUUUAUCAAAAUAAGAAUAAAAAUAGAUCGAAAAGAUCUAAGUCUGUUGAUAGAAUGACACAUGCAAAAUAAGAUCAUAAUGAACAAAAACGUGUCUCUUUAUUCAAAAAAAGAUAUCCAUUGUUGAAAAAAAUCUUAAACGAUGAAUCAAUAGAUGAAUUGAAAUGUUACAAUCUAUACAAUUGUCUGUCAGUUGAGAAAAAAUAGUAACUUGAUAAAUAAGGGUUUAGUUUUAUUAUAAAAAAUAAAGAAUAAUAAAAAAUAUAUUUAAAAAGCUUUUUCAAUGAAAGUAAUACAUUUCAAACUUAUGGUAUUUAUUUUCGUGUAGAAUUAACGCGAGAAAUAAAGUAGGCUGUAAAAUCUGAAUAAUUGAAUACUGUAAUAUUUGGCAAUGAAAUUAAACAUAUAAAAUAGUAUUGA